AUGGCUGAUGCUGUGCUUGCUGUCGAGACUCAAGUCGCAAGCUCUCGAUCAUGGAAGACUGAUGGAACCGAGGACGGCCGGGACAGAUACCACGGAACAAAGACGCGCAAAUGUUUAAUCUUGGCAGAAAUGGGGGAGGAACCUCGCAAACAGUUUGCUUCCAAGGCAGUACUACCCACUACGCCGACCGGCUGGACUCCAGUGCUUUACGAUCUAGACUCAGUCAACGGACAGACCAUCCUCACUGCUGUCAAGAAGGAUGCCGGCUUUAUGGCUGAAGACUUGUUCGUUGCCGACAUGAACGGGCGCCUGCUUGAAAAGCUGGUCGAGAUUAAGGGUGACAGCUUCGUGUUCAAGCAUAGCCAUGCCCACAUUAACUAA